AUGAAUGUCGUAGACCAACCAAAACCUAAAAAGGAUCCAACAGUUAGACCUUACAAAUGUCCCCACUGUGAAAAAGCAUUUCAUAGAUUGGAACACCAAACAAGACACAUUCGAACCCACACCGGUGAAAAACCUCAUCAAUGUACUUUUCCAGGUUGUUCUAAAAGAUUCAGUAGGUCUGAUGAAUUAACAAGACAUCUGAGAAUACAUACAAAUCCUAAUAGCAGAAAGAAUAGGAAGAAGAAGAAAGACGUCAUGCUAUUAUCAAAUUCAGAUGGCUCUGCUACUCAAUCUUCAACAACUCCACCUCCAAAUGGAGUAGUUGUUGCUCCUCAACCUCAACAUACAGCUACAACACCUUCAACAACAACAGCACAACCACCAACAGCAACAACAACAAUUCCUACCACUAUCACUACUCCUCAGCAGGACUCACAAAAGAGUGCAACUUCUUCCCCAUCAAAAAUCUCAUUGCCUACCCCAUCUAGACCAUUAUUAAAUAAAAAUGCAUCAACACAUAGUAUAGAUGUUCUUGCCACUGCUGCCACUGAAGAAUUAAGAAUGAUGGAAUCUAAGUCUCUUCCUUCUUUGACUGAAUAUUUUGGUAAACUAAACAAAACAACAUCUAACUCAACCACAAAUAAUAGUAAUAAUAAUUUCAAUUCAAAUUCUAAAAUUAAUAAAUCUCCAUCUCAUUAUAAUUUUACCAUGGAGAAACCAACUUUUCAAUUCCAUGAUACUACCAAUUUACAUUAUCUUUCAAAUCUUGCAUUUAGAAUGACUCCUGUUAAAACUCAUAUUCAAGAAGAUUCUGAUCUAGAUUAUGUUAAACAAAAAUUAAAAAGAUCACGUCCAAAUAGUCCCGGUACAAAUAUGAUGAUGAGUAGUCAUAGUAAUAUUCAUACUUUACCUAACAGUCCUCUUUUAGGUUUAUCUACAAAUACUACUCCAAAUAUAUCUGCUAGUAAUAGUAGUACUAAUUUAACUUCAUUAGCUAUGACUCCUGCUACUAAUGUAAUGGGUAUAAAAUCUUCAAACCUGCUACAAUCCCAAUCAACUGAUGCAUUACCAUCAAUUAAAAGUUUAAAUCUACCUGAAUUCACAAAAUAA